AUGGAGGACGAGAACAUGGCUCAAUCCAGACCCGUGACUCGGUCGCGCAUUCCUCAGGCUGGUGGCCUCCGAGAAAUGAACCCUGCAUCUGCUAAUUCUCGGUCGGGAAUCAUGCCGCCUGGAACCCUUGUUGCUAAAGCAGUGUCGCCGACCCGUCAAAGGCCAAUGACCUCUCCGGAACCGAAGAAACAAGCCCCAAUCUCCCGUCCAGCAUCGGCUGCAUCGAAAGUACAUGCGCGGGGAAACUCGUUAAAUUCAUCCACUGUUUCCCGGUCCGGAUCGACGACUACUCGCCCAACACCCAACUUCUCCGCCAGUACUAUGAGCUAUGGAUCCCGUGGCAUAUCCGGCAUGCCUCGUGCUCAAACUUCGUUCGGUACUCGCAGAGCCAACAAUUCGCUACAGCGCCCUACCUCAUUGAACACCCACAUCGAAGAUAGUGCCGGAAGUAUUCUUGGAAAACGAAAGGGUAUGCGAUCCUCUUCCUUUAGUUCUUUCCAUUCUUCUGGCCCCCUUGGAACCUUGGAGAAUCAUUCGUGCCAUAAUAGUCUGCGCCGCCCAGCAUCCGUCGGAGUUGAGUCUGAUGAAAAGGUCUUCGAUGAUGACUCCUCCGACGCGAGCUUCGUUACUGCGAAAACUGCGCAAACUGCCCAUCCCGAGUACAACUCAGCAAUCAUCCCAGUACAGGGAGCUCAACGAUCCAGGCUUCCCAUUCUUACCCCAUCCAAGCCCUUCCGAGUCCCCAGUCCACCCCCACAAAAAUCACCAUCAAAGGCCCCACGGCCGCAAUUUUUAAGAAAAAGCACAAAGCUGAUAAAUCCUGACUAUCAUGCAGAUACCGAAUGGAACCAUGAAUCCAAAGAGAGAGACAUGUCUGAAAUCUUCCAGACCUUCUUGAUGAAAAUGGAUCAAAACGGCCAAGAAGCCUCGGGAUUGAAAGACGCUGUUGAGGUCUAUAAAUCCCGCAUUGCCGACCUGGAACGAGAUCGAGACUCUCUGACCGAAACCAAUGUCACUCAGAGGGUGGAGAUGGAAUCUAUCAAGACCCAGCUUACUCUCGCUCAGAAUGCCCUAGAAAUUGCCCGCCGAGAGCAAGACAUCGCGAUUGAUGACCUCGAAGGCCGCCACCGCAUCGAACUUGCCACUAUCAGUCACGAAAGCAAGAAAGAGAAGGAAGUGCUAGCGAUUCAACAUGCAGAUGAGAUUCGUGACCUGAAGCGCAAGUUCGAGGGCGAGAUUGAAGAUGAGAAAGCCAAACGGGUUCGAGAGCUUGGUAACUUAGCUACGCAAUCUACCAUGGAUAUCCAAAAGUCUCAGCUCGAGUUGAACAACAAAGAGCGCGAAAUCACGACUUUGAAACGUGAGCUCGACAACAUGAGGGCCGAUAUUGAACGUGAGCGUAAGACUGUCCAUGAUCUUCGACAAAAUUUGGAUACAGCUACCACCAACGGUGUCACCCUUGAAUCCACCAUUAAGGCUCUCAAAGCUCGUAUCGAGUUCCUUGAAGGCGGACGCGAGGAACAGUCACAGGCAUUUGAGCGAUGCAACCAAGAGAUGAUGGAUGCUCUCUCAGAGACGGACAAGAUCAAGGAGAAGCUUCGAAGAGAGGAAACCCUCCGUCGCAAGCUUCACAAUCAGGUACAGGAACUCAAGGGCAACAUCCGUGUGUUCUGUCGUGUCCGUCCAUCCCUAAAUAGUGAACCGACAACCCAAAUCGCACCCAUGCUGUAUCCCGAUGAGUCUGAAGACGCAAAAGAGAUCAACAUCAUCGGGCCCGAAGAGAAGAAUACCCUUGGCGUUGUGUCUCGCAAGAACAACCCGUUCAGUUUUGAUCGUGUUUUUGGCCCUUCUAGCCAGAAUGCUGAGGUCUUUGAUGAAAUUAGUCAAUUGGUCCAAAGUGCCUUGGAUGGAUACAAUGUUUGCAUUUUCUGUUAUGGACAAACUGGUAGUGGUAAGACCCAUACUAUGUCUUCACAGGAUGGUAUGAUCCCUCGGGCUGUUCAUCAAAUCUAUGAGACCGCCCAAGGUCUCGAGGAAAAGGGCUGGCGGUACACAAUGGAAGGCAAUUUCGUGGAAGUCUACAACGAAAACCUGAACGAUCUUUUGGGCAAUCCAGAUGACCUGGACAAGAAGAAGCAUGAGAUUCGCCAUGACAUGCAGCGAGGCAAGACUUUCAUCACAGAUAUCACCACUGUCCAGCUCGACUCCCCCGAAAUGGUCAGCAGGAUUCUGAAGAACGCAGAUGCCAAUCGCUCCGUUGCCGCCACCAAGGCCAAUGAGCGCUCAUCCCGAUCCCAUUCCGUCUUCAUCCUUAAGCUCACCGGCGAGAACCAUGUCACCGGGGAGCGCAGCGAAGGCACCCUUAAUCUGGUCGAUCUGGCCGGAAGUGAGCGAUUGAGUCACAGUCAAGCGACUGGAGAGCGCUUGAAGGAGACACAGAACAUCAAUCGCAGUCUGAGCUCCCUCGGUGAUGUUAUUGCAGCCCUGGGCCAGGGCAAAGAUGGAGGCCAUGUUCCGUACCGAAACAGCAAACUUACAUACCUGCUCCAAUUCUCUCUUGGUGGCAACUCUAAGACACUCAUGUUUGUCAUGGUUAGCCCUCUACAGGCGCAUCUUUCAGAGACCUUGACAAGCUUGAAGUUUGCCACCAAAGUACACAACACCCACAUUGGCACCGCUAAACGCCAGGCGCGUGUCCGUGAUUCUUGA